GGCUCGGCUCGGCUCGGCUCGGCGCGGCUCGGCUCGGCGCGGCCCCGGCCGUGUCGCCAUGUCGGAAGUGAGGAAGUUCACCAAGCGGCUCAGCAAGCCGGGCACGGCCGCCGAGCUGCGGCAGAGCGUCUCGGAGGCGGUGCGAGGCUCCUUCGUCCUGGAAAAAACCAAAGUGGUUGAGCCGCUGGACUAUGAGAACGUGAUCUUUCAACGCAAAGUUCAGAUCUACAGUGAUCCCCUCCGGGACCUGCUGUUAUUUCCGAUCGAAGAUGUAUCUAUCUCAGUCAUCAGUCGACAGAGGAGGACUGUCCAGUCAACAGUGCCAGAAGACGCUUUAAAGAAAGCUCAGAGUCUCUUUGUCAAGGAGUGCAUUAAAACCUACAGCUCAGACUGGCACGUGGUAAACUACAAGUAUGAGGAAUACUCGGGAGACUUCCGGAUGUUGCCAUGCAAAUCCUUUAGGCCAGACAAGAUUCCAAACCAUGUGUUUGAAAUUGAUGAAGACUUUGAAAAGGACGAGGAUUCCUCAUCCCUGUGCUCCCAGAAGGGUGGUGUGAUAAAGCAAGGCUGGCUGCACAAAGCAAAUGUAAAUAGCACAAUCACCGUUACCAUGAAGGUAUUCAAGAGGAGGUAUUUCUACUUGUCACAACUCACAGAUGGCUCGUAUAUUCUUAAUUCCUACAAAGAUGAGAAAAUUUCAAAAGAAUCGAAAGGCUGUAUUUUCUUGGACGCUUGCAAUGACGUUGUUCAGUGUCCUAAGAUGCGCCGCUAUGCGUUUGAACUGAAGACAAUAGACAAGUACAGCCACUAUCUUGCAGCUGAAACUGAGCAGGAGAUGGAAGAAUGGCUGGUAACUCUGAGAAAGAUCAUUCAGAGCAAUACUGACAGUUUGGUGCAAGAGAAGAAAGAUACUGUGGAAUCCGUGCAAGAUGACGAAUCAAGCGCACAGGGAAAAUCAGAGAAUAUCCUGGAGAGCCUGGAGAGAAGCAUGCAUCCGGAGCUGAUGAAGUACGGAAGAGAAACAGAUCAGCUGAACAAACUGAGCAGGAAUGAUGGAAGACAAAACCUCUUUUCUUUCGACCCAGAAGUCCAGAGGCUAGACUUCUCAGGGAUCGAGCCAGACGUGAAGCCAUUUGAGGAGAAGUGCAGCAGGCGCUUCGUGGUGUGCUGCCAGGACUUAUCCCUCAACCUCCUCGCUCAGCUCAGCGACCGGUCGGAAGGAGGACCCACCAACGUUGAGCCCUUUUUCCUAAGCUUGGCAUUAUUUGACCUGAAAAAUAACUGCAAGAUCUCAGCUGACUUCCACGUGGACUUGAACCCUCCGUCUGUCCGUGACAUGCUGCUGGAUAACCCUGCGUCCGGAGCGGAGGGCACCAGGGGACGUUCACCAGGCGAGAGCCUCGUGCACGGGGUCCCUGAGUCUUGCCUGCGCUACAUAAAACGGGGGGUUUUCUCCGUGACCGACCCACACGUGGAGAUCUUCCUGGUGGCCCGUGUGGAGAAGGUGCUGCAGGGCAGCAUUACGCACUGUGCGGAGCCGUACAUGAAAAACUCUGACCCGGGGAAGACUGCCCAGAAGGUUCAUAAGGUGGCCAAGCAGGUGUGCAGCCGCCUGGGGCAGUACAGGAUGCCCUUCGGCUGGGCGGCCAGACCAGUUUUCAAAGACUGCCAGGGCACUCUUGAUGCUGAAGGAAAAUUCUCACCUCUGUACAAGCAAGACAGCGGCAAACUCUCAAAUGAAGAUAUGCUGAAGCUUUUAGCAGAGUAUAAGAAACCAGAGAAGACAAAACUACAGGUCAUUCCAGCCCAGUUAAAUAUCGUAAUCAAAGACAUCCCGCUAGACUUCACAAAUUGUGUCACAGCUUCCUAUAUUCCUAUAAAGCCUUUUGAGAAGAGCUGUGAGGACGUUGCAGUUGAAGUGGAGGAGCUUGUCCCAGAAGUUGCAAAAUACUGUUAUCCCUUCACUGUCUACAAAAACCACCUCUACGUCUACCCCUUGCAUUUGAAGUAUGAGAACCAGAAGGUGUUUGCGAAGGCAAGGAAUAUUGCUGUCUGUGUUGAGUUCAGGGAUUCAGAUGAAGCUGAUGCCAGGCCGUUAAAGUGCAUAUAUGGCAAACCUGGAGGCCACCUCCUGACCACAAAUGCGUAUGCUGCUGUGCUGCAUCACAACCAGAGUCCAGAGUUCUACGACGAGAUUAAAAUUGAGCUUCCAAUUCACCUCCAUCAAAAGCAUCAUUUGCUUUUCACCUUCUAUCAUGUCAGCUGUGAAAUUAAUACAAAGGCAACAUCGAAAAAACAGGACACCGUUGAAACACAAGUGGGAUAUGCCUGGGUCCCAUUGCUGAAGGAUGGGCGGAUUGUCACCCUGGAGCGGCAUUUGCCUGUUUCAUCCAACCUUCCACCGGGCUACCUGGGUCUUGGAGACACAGAGUCACGAAGGCAGCCCAGUGUGGACGCGAAGUGGGUGGAUGGAGCAAAGCCACUGUUUAAAAUCAGGAUCCAUUUGGACUCGACCAUUUACACCCAGGACAUGCACUUGCACAAAUUCUUCCAGUACUGCCAGCUGGUUCAGGCGGGAGCAAAGGAAGUCCCAGGAGAGCUUGUAAAAUACCUAAAGUGUUUGCACGCCAUGGAGAUCCAAGUAAUGAUUCAGUUUCUACCUGUAAUUCUUAUGCAACUAUUUAGAGUCCUUACAAAUGUGACCCAGGAAGAUGAAGUAGCUGUCAACUGCACCAUGGUUCUUCUGCACAUUGUGUCCAAGUGCCACGAAGAAGGUCUGGAGCACUACUUGCGCUCUUUCAUAAAGUACGUCUUUCGAGCUGAGAAACCCAGUGUCACACAGGUGAAGAUGACCCAUGAGAUCCUGGUCCUUUCCAUGGCUACAAUCUUGAAGCAGUCGGCAGAUUUUCUAGCCAUCAAUAAGCUACUCAAGUACUCAUGGUUUUUCUUUGAAGCGCUGGCGAAGUCCAUGGCAAUGUACUUACUGGAAGAAAACAAAAUCAAGCUGCCCAGAGGCCAGCGGUUCCCCGAGUCCUACCAGCACGCCCUGCAUUCGCUGCUGCUCGCCGUCAUCCCUCAUGUGACCAUUCGCUAUAACGAAAUCCCGGAGGAGUCCAGGAAUGUCAACUUUAGCUUGGCAAACUUCCUGAAGCGUUGUUUGACUUUUAUGGACAGAGGAUUUGUUUUUAACUUGAUAAAUGAUUACAUUUCUGGAUUCAGCCCAAAAGACCCUAAGCUGCUGGUUGAAUACAAGUUUGAAUUUCUUCAAACCAUUUGCAAUCAUGAGCACUACAUUCCUCUGAACUUACCAAUGACCUUUUCCAAACCCAAGCUGCAAAGAGUUCAAGAUUUUUUUUCAUUUGCUGUGGAACGGUUCACUUCAGUAGAUGUAAAUCUUGAAUACAGUUUAACUGAUGAGUAUUGCAGACAUCAUUUCCUGGUGGGGAUGCUUCUCAGAGAAGCCUCUGUUGCCUUGCAGGACAACUAUGAUAUCAGAUACACAGCCAUCUCAGUCUUAAAAAAUCUCUUGAUAAAGCAUGCCUUCGACAACAGAUACCAGCACAAGAACCAGCAGGCAAAAAUAGCCCAGCUCUACCUGCCGCUGCUCGGGCUGCUCCUGGAGAACCUCCCGCGCGUAGCCAGCCGCGAGGCCCUCUACUCCUGCGCGGCCGCCUCCAGCCCUGCAUCCAGGGAUGAAUUCAUUUGCAGUUUUGCAUCCCCAUCAAAUAGAUCGAGUCUGAUUGCAGACAAAGAUCCAGCCUGUGGAGCAGCACUUCCAAACGGCCACGCGAUAAAGCGAGAGGACUCGAAAGGAUCCCUGAACUCAGAGGGGGCAACCGGUUCCCCAGAUCAGAGUGAAAAUAUCCGCAGAAGCUCGACGAGGAGCAGCGUGUCGCACUGCAGCCGGCUGGACCAGUUUGAGAUCCGGACGCUCCUGAUGUGCUACCUCUACAUUGUGAAGAUGAUCUCUGAAGAUACUCUUUUAGCUUACUGGAACAAAUUCUCCUCCCAAGAGUUGAUCAACGUCCUUGUGCUUCUGGAGGUGUGUUUAUUUCACUUCAGAUACGUGGGGAAGAGAAAUAUUGCCAGCUCCUGCGUGAGACCCCCAGGCACCCCUGGCUGCCCGCACAGGUUGGCAGUGUCCCCCGCAGCCGGCUGCAGGGUGCACGAUGCCUGGUUAUCCAAGCACACGGGAGCCGAUAGGAAAUCCCAGACGAUGCCAGCGCUCCGCAGCAGAGCUGGGGGGAUGCAGGUGCGGCUCCAGCAUCUGGGCAGCUUGGAGACCUCCUUCACGCUCAACCACAAUGCAGGCACCUCAGAAGCAGAUAUUGUGCACCAGGCGUUACUGGAGGGCAAUAUUGCCACCGAAGUGUGCCUAACAAUCCUGGACACCAUCUCUUUUUUCACUCAGAGUUUCAAGACCCAGCUUUUAAGCAACGAUGGCCACAAUCCACUCAUGAAGAAGGUUUUUGAUAUUCAUCUGGCUUUUCUCAAAAAUGGGCAAUCAGAAGCAGCUCUUAAACAUGUGUUUGCCUCUCUGAGAGCUUUCAUUAGCAAGUUUCCCUCAGCAUUUUUCAAGGGAAGAGUGAACAUGUGUGCUGCUCUCUGCUACGAGAUCCUGAAGUGUUGCACUUCCAAGGUGUCCUCCACAAGGAAUGAAGCCUCAGCUCUUCUGUAUCUCCUGAUGAGAAAUAACUUUGAGUUCACCAAAAGGAGAACGUUUCUGAGAACGCAUCUUCAGAUAAUAAUUGCAGUGAGCCAAUUAAUAGCAGAUGUGGCACUCAGUGGUGGGACAAGAUUUCAGGACUCCUUGCUCAUCAUUAACAACUUUGCAAACAGUGACAGGCCUAUGAAGGCAACUGCUUUUCCUUCCGAAGUGAAAGAUUUGACAAAGAGAAUCCGUACAGUGCUUAUGGCUACUGCUCAAAUGAAAGAACAUGAAAAAGAUCCAGAAAUGUUGAUAGAUCUACAGUACAGUUUAGCUAAAUCUUAUGCAAGUACCCCAGAGCUCCGGAAAACGUGGCUGGACAGUAUGGCAAAGAUACAUGUAAAAAACGGAGACUUUUCAGAGGCAGCCAUGUGUUAUGUUCAUGUAGCAGCCCUUGUUGCAGAGUUUCUGCACAGGAAAAAACUCUUCCCCAGUGGAUGCACUGCCUUCAGGAAAAUCACUCCCAACAUUGAUGAAGAAGGUGCAAUGAAAGAAGAUGGUGGGAUGAUGGAUGUACAUUACAGUGAGGAAGUCCUGGUGGAGCUGCUGGAGCAAUGUGUAGAUGGCCUGUGGAAAGCAGAGCGUUAUGAAACAAUUUCUGAAGUUUCCAAACUGAUCAUUCCUAUUUAUGAAAAGCGGCGUGAAUUUGAGAAACUUACGCAGCUGUACAGAACACUUCAUGGAGCAUACGCUAAGAUAUUGGAAGUAAUGCACACAAGGAAGAGGCUUCUUGGAACCUUUUUCAGAGUGGCCUUUUAUGGACAAGCAUUCUUUGAAGAAGAAGAUGGGAAGGAAUACAUCUAUAAGGAACCCAAGCUGACAGGACUGUCGGAGAUCUCGUUCAGACUUCUUAAACUUUAUGGAGAAAAAUUUGGGUCGGAGACUGUAAAGAUUAUCCAGGAUUCUAACAAGGUCAACAUUAAAGACCUUGAUCCUAAGUAUGCCCAUAUUCAAGUGACUUACGUGAAGCCCUAUUUUGAAGACAAAGAAAUCUCUGAAAGAAAGACUGAAUUUGAAAGAAAUCAUAACAUCAGUAGAUUUGUAUUUGAAACUCCUUACACUUUAUCUGGAAAAAAGCAUGGCAGUGUGGAAGAACAGUGUAAAAAAAGGACCAUUCUAACUACUUUGAACUCCUUUCCGUAUGUAAAGAAGAGAAUUCCAGUCAAUUAUGAACAUCAGGUUAAUUUAAAACCAAUUGAUGUCGCUACUGAUGAAAUAAAAGACAAGACAGCAGAGCUGCAGAAACUCUGCUCUGCUGGUGAUGUUGACAUGAUCCAGCUGCAACUCAAAUUGCAAGGCUGUGUGUCUGUGCAGGUUAAUGCUGGUCCCUUGGCCUAUGCCAGAGCUUUCCUAAGUGACAGCCAGUCCAGCAAAUAUCCUACUAAGAAGGUGAAUGAGUUAAAAGAAAUGUUCAGGAAGUUUAUACAAGCCUGUGGAAUUGCUCUGGAGCUCAACGAGCGACUCAUUAAGGAAGACCAAGUGGAGUACCACGAGGGGCUAAAAUCAAACUUUCGCGAUAUGGUGAAAGAGCUUUCUGACAUCAUCCACGAACAGAUCUACCAUGAAGAUACAAUGCAUUCACCAUGGAUGCAUGACUCCCUACAUGUCUUCUGUGCGAUCAGUGGAACGUCUGGUGAUGGAAGCUACUGUUCACUCAGACCCACUGCUGAGAUAUAAACAUAUCAAUCAUAUUUUACAGAGCUUUCUCAGGAAUACUUGGAACUGUACAAAGGAUGUUUAAAAAAAUCCAUGAUGAACAAAGAUUCAGUUUCCCUUCUCCCCCCCCGCCCCCGAAGUUGCCAUGCUUUCAAACAGGGUGCUUGCUUAUUUUGCUGAGCAACAUUGAAAGUGCCUGGACAUUGCACCACUGUGCUUCUUUUCUACUUUUUUUUUUUUUUUUUUUUUAAGAUAAAUGUAUAACAGGACAUGGAAAGGCAGUUAUCUAAAUAUGUGUUGAAUUGCUGAACUAUGAAUUCAGAUGAUAACGGUACUAUGUAAAGUUGUACAAUGGAAUAUAAUAAAAUGUAAAACUACUUUGUAAAUAGAAGGAGCAUAUAGUAUAUAGAAAUUAGCAUUAUAUCGUAUUUGCUGCUAAAAGCUUUGUUGGACAGGGAACAUGAAGGAGAAAUUGUAGUCACUGUUUAGAGACCUUUCUCAUCUAAACAGAGACGUGGGCUCCAGAUGCCCCUGGAUUGCACUCAGACAGUGACAGUAAAUUUGCCCUAAUCUGGACUAACUAAAACCUAAGUCAGAAAUGUUAAUUUUCAUACAUCCUCUGAGCAGAUAAUUCUAAAGUAAGCUCCAUGAGAGCUGAGUUUACUAUAGCUGAUUCCAAUUUUGGCUAACCUUUCCCAGCUGCAGAAGGAUGGAUUGUACUUACUGAGGACAACCUAAGGGAGAUUUGUCAUUUGAUAGGAUUUUUUUAUUUAUCACUCAUGAUCUCACACAAAUACAGACUCUCUAAGGACACCUUAAAUUGAGGUGGGAAUUAUAAAGUGAUUUAACACCUUUCAGAAAAAUUCUAAUAAUCUGUGAGAAGUGCUUUAAAAAAAAAAAAAAGUGCAGCACAUCAAAAUAACUCAUACAAAAUUGAGAGGUUUUUUUAGCAUCGUAUAGCAUGCACGUUCCCUCCUGUUCAACAGAUCUGUUUUCUGAAAGCCAGUUAUUUUUGUCUGACAGAUGGUUGGAGAAAAUGUAUUUUCCAGAACUCUUUUAUUCCUUCUUCCGCUCCCCAAACCUUUAAUACGUUAUUUCUGUCUCAUUUUAAUAAGACACUUUCAGAUGCAGGAAGAAGAAAACAGAUCAGAAAAUCUUUUAUCCAGCAACAUUUUUAACAUACAUGUUUUUCAAAAUCCUGUCCAUUGUAAAUAUGGUUCCAGUAGUUCAUAUGGGAAGGGUGGGGGUUUUUAAGGAUAUGUAAAAAAAUGUCAUAAUAAAAGGACUCCGGCUGGCUCUUUAGCUUGGCUAUAGUGUCUAUAAAAUGUUAAGCUUCUCAUUUCUGUAACAAAAAGUAUCUUCAAAUACUAACUGGACCGCAUUUCAAAAUGUUUAUUAUGCAUGGUUCUGAAUACCUAAAAUUAAUUGUAUUAUGAGAACAUAAUGUUGUGAUCCAUAAAUUCAGCCAUUAGCUGUUGCAAGCAAAAUACAGAUGUGCCUAUGUAACAAACAGACCACAUUUCUGCUUGUGUGUGCUUUUAUGCCAGGCAGGCUCUAAAUUUAGCUUAACAGAAAGAGGAAGAGAGACCAGUAUGUUUAAAUAUGGUUACUACCUUAUUGAUUUUCAUCUUUCAACAAAUAUUUGAAGGCAGGUAGUGAGAGUUUUCCAAAUUACUUUACUAGAAGGUGAUGAAGCUGUUUAACAGUGGAUACAUUAUGAGAUUUUUUUUUUUUUGGAUCUAGUUAAACUUGAAACAUCAGUGCUGAAGGCGUAUCUUGAAUACAAUCAGCAAUGAUGAGAUGUGGACAUCCAAAAGCUCUUGCACUAUAGCUGUUUUAAAUACUAUAACUAACCUAAUAGUUUUCCUGGAAUUGUAGUGAAAUUCUUAUUCAUGUUUUUUGAUGUCUUUAAUGUUCUGAAAUAACAUUGUUAGCUGAAAUUUUCAAUUGCUAUUUCUUAUUUUUACUGGAAUUCCAGUGAAGUUCUUAUAUCUUUGGGUGUCUUUAAUGGUCCAAGAUUAAUUUUUGUCUGAACUUCUCAGUUUAUUGUUGGUAUUGGAGUUCUCCUGUCAUUUCAGUUUAAUAUACUGGGAAUCUGUCUUAGUAAUGCAGCCAAAAAAAGUAUUUAAUACCAGUCCAAUUAGAAUAUACACAGUCAGUACAGUUUAGAAUGCACGCUUAUAUGCAGUUUUGAUGAUUAACAAAAAUGAUCAUGCCCAGAGGAUUUGUCUUCUGUCCUGCAGGUAAAUAAUUUGACUGGAUUUUUAACAGAAAAAUCUCAAAGGAAAAUUUGUCCUUUUUAGAUGGGUUAUAAAAAUAGUGGUAACAAAUCAGCUUGGUUUUUCUUUACAUUUUCACCAAUCUAGAAAUGAUAGGGAGUGGUCAUUAGAUACUUUACAGCUGUAUCUGGACAAUGAUGCCAAGAAGGUAUUCACAUUUUCUCAUCCUAUCCUUUUCCUACAUAAUUGUCCCAGUUUGAAGUAAUUCUCCAAUUUUUUUUCUUAUUUCUGGCUGAAAUAGCUUACUUCACAGAUAUAUCUGGGGAGUGUACUAUAUAUGUGCCUGUUUUAUGUAGCUGGUACUCACACUGGGUACUUCCUACUUGCUACCUUUUUUUUUUGAAGAAUAUAAAUGUUUUUUGCUCAUUAACACUUUUGUUUUUCUUGUAUCACCUAAGGAAUGGUGGGAGUUUUUUGGUCUGUAAAAUUUAGUAGACAGAUUGCCAAUUACAACCUGGCAUGGACUCAUUCGGGAUCAGUGUAGCUACAAGUACAUAUUUCAUAUGUACACCUCUAACUACUUUUGCUGCAAAACAGCUGUAUAACACAUCAAGUUUUCAGAAGGGGUACAUUGGUAAUUUUGCAUAAAAGGAGAAGAAACAGGAUAAAGUGUCUGUCCGUGAGGAUUAAGAGCGUUCAGCUACUCAGUAACAGGACUGGUUUAGAUAAUGGUGUGUGUUAGAGCCAGAUUGUUUGCAAAUAGGACAUACAGAGCAAUGUGAGGUCUGCCAGCACUUUAUGUACAAGAACAUGCUUUUAGAGAUUUAUACACCCAGAUAGAGUAAACAAAGUGUAAACAUUUACUCUCUUCUUUGACUUACUGCUUUUUUCUCUGAAGAGAGAUUAGAAAGUAGUACUCUGAAGACAAAUAACCUCAGAGUUGCAUUUUUUUUCCCCAAAAAAAAUCUGGAAUGUAGAAUUUACUGCAGCCUAGUAUAUAUUUCUACAUGGUACUCCAUGUUCUACAUUUCUUCUGAUAACAGAAAUUUUCAUGACAUAGGCCAAAAAAAGGAAAAUCAUGGAUGUGAGACUACCUGUAGUGUGUAACGUGUUUAUUUUGUUCCAGAAGCCUUUUGAACAUACGCCACAUGGUAUUUUGAUAUAGAAGAAGAGUUUAUGUAAACAUAAUACCUUUUGUCUCAAAGUAUAUAAAAUACGUUUGUUUUCCCUUCCUGUAGAGACAGAGUCCCCUGGACUUCACAGCAGGCUUCAGAAUAACCCUACAGUUUGAUGUAGCACAGCCCAAAAGAACUGGAGGAAAACAUAAGUGGAAGCCAUGGGCUCAGAAGCCUCGUACAAAUUAAAUCACAUCUUACUCAGUUUACCCACUUGAGGAGAGCAGCAUGUGUUCGUUUGAUGUUCACUGAGCUGAGUUCUUCUAACUGAACAAAGGGUUUCUACUGGAUUGAGGAACACUGUGUACAGCUAAUUAUCGUGCAACCAUAGACUGUAGUACUUAACAUUUAAAUAAUAUGCUUGUGUCAAGCAAUGGUGAACCAGUUAUGAUAUACACCUAAUAUUUCAGCUAUUCUGGAUGUAAAUGACUCUCUCUUCAUGUAAAUUUAACACCUGCUACUACAUAUUCAUAACAGAAUUGCUUUUAUUGUGUAUGCUGUAUAUACGUGUGUUGUACAAGCCCUGUUUAACAUUCUGUGUGUGAUGAUAGAACGGUACGUCCCGUUUGCCUUGGUUGGUAGCUGAUGUACCUGUGACACCAAGUAAUACACAGCGCUGCUCCAGAGCUUUCUGAGACCAGUGGUCCUAUGUUGCUCUUUUUAGUCUUUUUUCCCUGAAGAAUCAAUCAUUUUGACAAGAAGCCAGGGCAAAAUCACAUUUCAGUCGAUCCAGAUAAAAGAGUUUAUCCCAAGUUAAAAUAAAAGACUACAAAACCAGGAAAA